AAUACUCUGAGAACAAGGCUUGACUUUAAACAGUUGCGCGGACACGUCGCUUUCACAGGAUUUGCGGAGUUCACAUUGAGGGACAAUCUAUACUGAAUAUUGCUACUUGGGGUUCUGGAGCAAAAUGAGACGAAAUCACAAUUACAGCUGUUCAUCUGAUAGCGAACUUGAUGACAAUAUAGAAGUGGAGAAGGACAGUGGUGACGAAAAUGUAAACCUUGACUCUUCGCAUGACUUGAUGUCACCCCCGAAAACCACUCAAACUCAAGCCAGAAAACGACGCAGAGGAAUUAUUGAGAAACGGCGACGUGACCGAAUCAACAACAGCCUAACUGAUCUCAGAAGACUUGUGCCAAGUGCGUUUGAGAAGCAGGGAUCGUCAAAAUUGGAAAAAGCUGAAAUUUUGCAGAUUACUGUAGAUCAUUUGAAGAUGAUACAUGCUGCCAGCGGACAAGGGUAUUUUGAAGCCCACGCCCUGGCCAAGGACUACCGCAGCCUGGGCUUCAGGGAGUGUCUGUCAGAGACGGCCCGCUACCUAAGCAUCAUGGAGGGCUGGAACAGUGUUGACCCUCUCCGCGUACGCCUGGUCUCUCACCUCAACAACUACGCCUCUCAGAGAGACAUCCACACUGGAUUGACUGGACACCCUGGACAACUAGCCUGGGGCUCUGCUUUGAGGACACCCUCCGCCCACCUGCCACACCCCCUCUUACCACUCCCCCAGGGACGGACACUAGCCCCCCACAGUACCAGCAGCCCACCCUCCUCCUGCUCCAUCUCCUCCUCCUCCUCCUCCAUGUCAUCCUCCUGUUCAACUGAUACCUCAGUGACCUCCAGACUCAGCGUGACGGCCCCCUCAGAGGCACUCAGGGUGCCCCCCAAUGACAAUCUACCCCUGGGGCUGGCCCUGUCAGUCUCAGCCUCCAAGCUCUCCCAACCACCACCCCUCCUCUCCUCCCUGUCUGCCUUCUCCUUCACUACUUUUCCCCGAGUGUCCCCGGCAGCCCUCAAUUCAUCAGGCUCCUCCACAGCUCUGAGAAAUCAGCCUUACAGGCCCUGGGGGACUGAGAUCGGGGCCUUCUGAACUCUUGUGAUCAUCAGAACCGGAAGGCAACAACUUAGAUCCCGCCUCCCUCCAACCUGCCUCCCCCAACCUGCCUCCCCCAAUCUGCCUCCCCCAAUCUGCCUCCCCCAAUCUGCCUCCCCCAAUCUGCCUCCCCCAAUCUGCCUCCCGACAACCUGCCUCCCUCCAACCUGCCUCCCGCCAACCUGCCUCCCGCCAACCUGCCUCCCUCCAACCUGCCUCCCUCCAACCUGCCUCCCGCCAACCUGCCUCCCUCCAACCUGCCUCCCUCCAACCUGCCUCCCUCCAACCUGCCUCCCUCCAACCUGCCUCCCGCCAACCUGCCUCCCGCCAACCUGCCUCCCGCCAACCUGCCUCCCUCCAACCUGCCUCCCUCCAACCUGCCUCCCGCCAACCUGCCUCCCGCCAACCUGCCUCCCGCUAACACUCCACAAACCCAGCAGGAGUACCUGGCUGUCUCAUCUGUUUUUCCCCUCUGGCAAUGAGGGGGAUGAGGUAGGCUAAUGCCACCUCCCUUGGUCAGUACUGCUGUAUAAAGGAACAUAGAUAACAUAGUGUUCUAUCCUAUAUGUUUUUAUCAUGAAUAAUUAAUGUUAAAUGUUGUUGUGAGCCCAGAUAUGGCCUCCAAGGUAGGAAAGGACUGACUAUUGUUUCAUGACCACAAAACUGAUUUAAUUUGGUUUAUUAUCAGAGUGCACUAAGGAUUUGGGGGUAUUUGUAGGUCAAAUAUAAUAUUGUAAAAAAAAUAUAACUCCUGCAGCUUUGAAAGAGAACAAAUACACCUGCAAUGUAUCACAAAUAGAGUUACACAUGAACUGGAUCUGCUAAUACAUUAGUUAUGUCUAUAUGGGAUUGUCGAACCUGCUUUAUAUAGAAAGCAACUUUGAAAAAAUGUAGUUUUGUAAUAUUUUUGUACCAAUAAACUGAGUUUGUAAGAA